CUUCGUCGUAUUCAAUAUAUUAGACUCAGACUUGUUUUCGCUGCUUUUGUAUUUUUAUAAAUAUCAUAAUAAUAACAAAUUUUUACAAGUUUGAUUGUCUUCAUGUUGAUUGAAAAAUCUAAAACAUAAUAAAUGUAUUGUGAGUGAUUUUUCAUUUUAUACAAAGUGGAAAAAUAACAAAAACAUCAAUUUUAUAAUAAGAUUAAUUAGUUUCUUUGUUCAAGAUUUUGAGGACCAACUAGAUCUAGAAAGAGAAGAAGUUAAAAGGGAGUACCGAAAGUAUUUGAGACGAGCGUCGAGAUUAUAAGAAAAAGAAGAGGAAUAAGAAGAAAAAGAAGUAUAAGAAGGACCAGAGUAGGCGCGGAGGAAAGUAUUGGUGUUGGUAAUAUAAAGUAAAGAGAGAAGCUUAUUUUUCAUUGUGAGAUACAACAGUAACAGAUCAAGACAAUGCAGAGCAACGGCGCGGAAAGCGGAAGUGAGAAUGGAGUAGACAGAACCGGCUGGACUGUUGGUCUUAUAAAUGGGAAAUUUAAAUAUUUAACUGCCGAGACAUUUGGUUUUAAAAUAAACGCAAACGGUUCAAGUCUGAAGAAGAAGCAGUUAUGGACACUUGAAGGAAGUGAACAUCAGGUUUUCCUUCGUUCUCACUUAGACCGUUAUCUUGCUGUUGAUCAAUUUGGUAAUGUCACUUGUGAGGCUGAGGAUACAUCUGAUCCUGGAUGCGCUUUUCAAAUUCAACUGGCUUCAGACGGAAGUGGUAGAUGGGCCUUGAAAAAUAUACAACGUGGAUACUUCUUAGGCUCAAGUUUAGAUGAGCUUAAAUGCCAAGCAAAAGCUCCCGGUGAAGCUGAGUACUGGCUUGUUCAUCUUGCAGCAAGACCUCAGGUGAAUCUUCGAUCUGCUGGUCGUAAACGUUUCGCUCACUUGAGCGCGUCGCAAGAUGAAAUCCAUGUAGACGCUCCGGUACCCUGGGGUGAAGAUACUCUUUUCACUUUAGAAUUCCGGCCAGCUGCAAAUCCUGAUAACGAUGUAGUUGGCCGUGGUAAAUCCGAAGGUGGUCACUAUGCACUUCACACUUGCAACAAUAAAUAUCUCGCACGUGAUGGAAAGUUACUAGAUACUUGUACGCGUGACUGUCUUUAUGCUGCUGAAUUUCAUGCUGGUUUACUUGCUCUGAGAGACAUUAAUGGAGCGUAUUUGGCACCAAUUGGUAGUAAAGCUGUUUUGAAAUCACGUUCAACCACCGUAACACGUGAUGAAUUAUUUUCUCUUGAAGAAUCUUUGCCUCAAGCUUCUUUUGUUGCUGCAUUGAAUCAGCGUUACGUAUCUGUUAAACAAGGUGUAGACGUUACGGCAAAUCAAGAUGAAAUAUCAGGACAUGAAACUUUCCAAUUAGAGUUUGAUCGUGUGACAAAACGGUGGUAUGUAAGAACAAUGCAAGACCGUUAUUGGACUCUAGAAGCUGGUGGCGGUAUUCAAGCAUCUGAUCACAAACGUUCAUCAAAUGCAUUAUUUGAUUUGGUCUGGCAAGACGAUGGUACUGUUGCAUUACGUGCAAACAAUGGAAAAUUCCUCGCGACUAAACGAUCAGGACAUCUUUAUGCAAACUCUGAUUCACCAGACGGAAGUGAUUCUGAUGCUUCGAAGUAUUACUUUUAUCUGAUGAACAGACCAAUUCUUGUAUUACGAUGCGAACAAGGUUUUGUUGGGCCGAAAAGUGCUGCCAGUCCUAAACUAGAAUGUAAUAAAGCUGGAUAUGAAACUAUUCGCGUUGAACGCUGUGAGCGUGGUAUUGUUCGAUUCAAAGGUCAAAAUGGCAAAUAUUGGCAUGCAGAUAGUGAAGGUGUUACUGUAGAUGCUGAUCAACCGUCCGAAGGAUUUCAUUUGGAAUUACGUGAACCGUCUCGUCUUUGUAUUAAAUGCACAGAUGGUCGAUACUUAGCUGCUGGUAAAAAUGGAGCAUUACGUUUAGGUGAAACUGAUCACAAGUCCGCUACAAAAUGGGAGUUUUAAAAUAUUUAUAACACAUAAUUAUUGAUUAGCGAUUAGAUGAAAAAAAAAAAAAAAAAAAAAAAAAAAACAAAAAAAAAGAAACGAAUAAUUAAUCAAUAAUCUCCUAUCAAAUUU